ACAGUCUGCCGCCGUCGUCAUCACCCACAAGCCUGCAAGAGACACCAAUGAAAAGCGUUGCUUUAUUUCAAACCCCCCCCCCCCCCCAAAAAAAAGGGUAAUUUAAGUCAUGUCGUGUUCUUCAACAGGAUUAAUUAGGUCCUCGCCUAUUUCUGCCUGUGUGAUAUCACUGUGGUGACGUAGGGUGUCAUUUGUGCUAAAGAUGACACAAAUUAUUAAGAUUUGGCAGCUGCAGCUAUGGAAUUAUUGAAUCAACACAUUCCGUUGUUGAUUCAAUCAUGAUUGCACAAAAUCAAAAUGCAUCCUUCUGCUGAAGUCAUUGAAUCACAUUUAAGACAAGUAUAAUUUGCUAUUUUAAUGAUUCAAACUCAUCAAAGGCAUUUAUGAGCCUCCGUAUUUCUGUAGUAUUAGAAAAUGUGCCUUGAAUGCCCUUAUAUUCAAGAUAUUUGAUUCUCAAACCAAUCUUUCACCAAAAAAAAACUAUUAAUAGAAACAAAUAUGCAGCUUUUCGUCCAAUACCAAUUCGGGUUUAAAAACGGUGUACAGUAUUUACAACAAAUGAAUGAGUGAAACAAACCGUCUGUACUGGCAAUACUCAUCUACCGCUUUUAAGGCUGAACUAUCCAAGAAUUGAGAGUGCAUUGUAAAAAGGGCGCCAAUCGAAUCUUGCAGGUUGUUUUUUUUUAAGAACAAUGUACAGUGCAUUAACUGUCCCACGAUUGUUUUUUCUCUGCCAUGUUGCUAUGGAAAUGACCCGGGGUCCAUCUAACGGCUGGAGAAUGUACUGCAGAUGUUAAAAAAACCACCAAAUCAAUUUCACCGACUGGAGAUCAUCUUACUCAUUCAGUUGAAAUCGAAAUAUUGUAACACGGAAAUGUUUCUACCUCGUAAUCGAAAGUUAAAUGAGUGAUUUCUCUAUCACUGUCCCCUUUUGUCAUCCGCGGGGCAAGAGAAAGGCAGUAACGACUACAAGUCCCAGCAUGCCUUGCGGUGACGCACAGCGAACCUUCAAGGGAACCGUGACGGUCAGCCCACUUGCGUGCAUACAUUUCAAGCUGUACACUUUAGCUUAUUGAGUCGCAGAGCGUUUUUCGGAGCUUAGCAGAAGCAGCAAUUAAAUGUUCGACUCUCGGGUCAUGAUGACCGCCUAACUUAAACACAGAGACGGUAGACUUCAUGUUUUGGUUUGUUUUAUUUUUUCUUUAACCGGCUACCGCAAAAACCCUUUCCGAUCAGCCUUUUGGGGUUUGGAGCCCUCAUCCUCCUCCGUUUGGCUGCAGCAUGGCUAUUAUAUCACCAGCUUCGAGAUAACCUCGGAUGCAGGAAGCCUGAGGUUGUCCAACGCCGUGUGGGCAUCCUAUCCAAGCCCCCAUUCUGUCAUGGUGGGCAGCCAACCACCAAAGAUUGAGGGUCUCCUCGUCUAGGAGAAUCAAAGUCGAGCCUCAUACUGUGACAUUUGUGAACUCUGGACUUCUCCCUGGGAAUGGGCAACAAAAACACUUGAGAAAUCUAUCGCGCCGAAGCAACAAUAUCCAGGCCGUUCACAUCGGACGGCAGCAAACGUUCCCGUUUCCUGCUCCUUUCACCAUCCCCAGUAUCAUGCUCGGCACUCUCCUGAGACGCAACAUGUCGCAGAAGCUGAGUGUGCUGCUCUUACUCUUUGGCCUGGCGUGGGGACUCUUGUUGCUCCGCUACACCGUGCAGCAACCUCGCCACCAGAGCAGCACAGAGCUCCGCGAGCAGAUACUGGAGCUCAGUCGGCGAUACGUCAAGGUCCUGACCGAGGAGAGCCAGAACGCUCCCGGUGGGCCGCAGGGGACCACCAUGGCUGGUUAUGCGGAUCUGAAGAGGACAAUAGCGGUGCUGCUGGAUGAUAUCCUGGAGCGCCUGGUCAAACUAGAGGGGAAAAUUGAGUUGGCUGCCAAUGUGUCUCUAACCAAUGCCUCCCACGGGGCCGUCCUCACUUCCACUCCUGCCGCCUUGCAAAGAGCCUCCCACCAGGAGCGAGCCAGCAGUCAUCGCGGGACGUCACGCUUCAACCCACAAAGCCCCAACAAGCCUCAGCAACAUCUUUGAGUUUUGUUUUGGUAGCCGUGUUGACUGCUCUCUUGGCACAUCCCACUUUUUCUGAAUUUAUCCCAGGACGUCCGCAGACUUGGAAGGAACUGAUGCUUCUUGGAAAGCCAAAAGGAGGGAAAACCUUUUUUGCCUUCGCUUGUUUGGUUUUUUUGCGCCACAGUAUUUAUUGUUACGGAUCAAGAUUGCAGCGUGCAUUUUUAUAUUUCAAUUUUGCAUUUUUAUAUAAUGGCAUAUUUGAAUCGUAUUACUAGUACUGGCUUCAAACUAUGUAUCGGCCGUUGUGGAAACUGCAGUGCAAGGCUCUAAGCACAUUUUGGGCUCACAGUAGUAUACAACUUAACAACAUCAUGUCAACCUGCUGAACUCAACAGAAUGCUCACAAUAUGAAUUGCUGCAUUUAUGCUGUGGACUAUUGCUCGAUGCAAUAAAACGCUUCAUCUCUUAUCUUACAUUUAGUUGCAUAGACGUAAUCCAAAGACUGUUCAGCCUCAAUGUGAAGCUCGUGAUACAACAAAUGAAUCUCAUUUGCCGCUGAAAUGUGCCCCCUUCCCUUUACUUGCCUUGGGAGUGAUUUCACUCAAUGUAGAAUGGAAUGAAUGUACUGCAAGGUCAUUUAUCUUUGAUGCUGUGAAGAUGACUGACCAUCUGCUAAUACGCGUUCAGGGUUCAUGUUGCACUGUGACUGUAGACAUUUUAUUAAAAAUAAUGGGUUAAUCCACUCUUGGUAGUGCUGUUACAUUGUAUGUGGGAGACGAUUGUUACCUGCUGGAAGAGUCUUUCAAUCUCUGCUUGGUGAACUAUCCCAUGCAGAUUACAAACCUUUCAAAUACGCAUCAUAAUGAUGCCUGUUAACCCUACUAGAUUACCAACAAAUGUGGGCGAUAGCCGUAAUGACUCAUUUGUUCUGCUUCAUUUGCACAGUUUUAACUGUACCGUAAAUCCACCAGACUUAAUAAACUGGUUCAAAUAUGA